GAGGGGGAGCCGAGGGUGAGACGAAGAGUUUUCGCCAAGAUCACAUCGCCAUUUAGUCGUUAGAUAACCGUUGUAGCUAUCAGUUUAGGAUACAGUCCUGCAGUUUGAAGCUUUUAUUAAAAUAUAUUCUAAAUAUUGGCAGCCUAACGGAUAUGUCUGAUAACAACAUAGUUGUCCUCCCCUAAAAUCAUAGUAAAGUAACUUGUCGCUUGAUUGACGGGUCCAUAUUAUUUGUAGGAUUUGUCUUCCUACUGGAGAAAGGACUGUAAAAAAAAAACACGAUCAGCGAAAAAUAAACGUGGAUGAAAGUGAAAUUUCAAGAAAGACUGUCGGGAGUUUCCGACGAGGUACAAGUGUGAAACACAAUAAAUAACUAAAGAAGAGAAGAAGAGACAGGAGUUGUGUGAUUUGCAUAGUCCAUAUUUUGUCUGAACGUUUUUGUUGACUUAAGGACGUGAACAACUGACGCCAUGACGACUGAAAUGCAGGAGAUCGCCAUUACGGAGGAGAAGCCUUUACUUCAGGGUCAGCCCGAUCCCGCAAAGGAUGCUGAGGCUGCAGCUCGAAUACUGUUGGACCAGGGCCAGGAACACAGUAUUGAGACACCUCAUGGUCUCCUCCACGUGACUCUCCAUGGAACCUCUAACACACGCCGUCCCGCCAUCCUCACCUUCCACGAUGUGGGCCUGGACAGUAAAAGCUGCUUCUCUCCUCUGUUUAAAUUUGAGGAGAUGCAGGAGAUAGUGAAAAACUUCACUCUGGUCCACAUUGACGCUCCUGGCCAAGAGGAGGGGGCUGCCUCCUAUCCUAUGGGAUACCAGUACCCGUCCAUGGAGCAAAUUGCAGAGAUGAUCCCUGCUGUGCUGACAUAUUUCAAUUUCCGUUCUGUCAUCGGAGUUGGAGUGGGAGCUGGGGCUUACAUUCUCUCCAGGUUCACAAUGGCCCACCCAGACUCAGUCGAAGGUCUCGUUCUCGUCAACAUUGACCCUCAGGCUAGAGGGUGGAUGGACUGGGCUGCCCAGAAGAUCACCACCCUGACAUCCUCCCUCACAGAGCAGAUCUUGAGUCAUCUCUUCAGUCAGGAGGAGAUGUCAGCUAACGCAGACCUGGUGAAGUCACACAGAGAUCGCAUCUCCAAAGCCCCCAACCUCAUCAACAUCGAGCUUUUCUGGAGGGGCUACAACAGCCGUAGGGAUCUGAUCAUUGACCGUACCAGCAACUUCAAGUGUCCUGUGAUGCUGGUGGUCGGGGAUCAGGCACCUUAUGAGGAGGCUGCUGUGGAGUGCAACAGCAAACUGGACCCAACAACAACCUCAUUCCUCAAGAUGGCAGAUGCUGGCGGUCUUCCCCAGCUUACCCAGCCCAGCAAAUUGACCGAGGCUUUCAAGUACUUCAUUCAGGGGAUGGGCUACAUGGCAUCGUCCGUCAUGACCCGUCUGUCUCGUUCACGCACCACCUCGCUGUCUUCCUCUUACUCCAUGGAGGGGGAGCGCGAGCGUUCUCGUACCCUGUCUCAGAGCUCUCAGGGUGGGCAGAUGCCCCCCAGCCCCUCCCAUACCAUGGAGGUGUCCUGCUGAAGAAAGAGAGGGAGACAGAGAUUGAGAGUGUG